ACCUAUUGUGAUUCAUCCCUCACGAGUCAAAGUUAGAGGAGUUUGUCGCCUAAGGCAGCGAAACACUGAACAUUUUCUGCAAAACAGACCGCUUUGAGAAGACAGUGAGAGAAACAUAAUUUGAGCUGUGAUUUUUGACAGAUCACGCACACAGCCGCACAGCCAUGGACAAGAACUUCUUUUAUCAGAUCAGCCAGCAGCAGCAAAAUCUGCAGGCACCUGGGGGUUCUGGGCAAGCCCUAAGACGACCCAACACCAUCCCCAGGGUGGUGGAAAGUUCAGGCAGUGGACAAAGGAGUCAGCAAACGACCUCUCCGACUGCAGUGGUGUCCCCCUCCCCACAGGCACAGUCUGCGUGGGGCACCUCUGGGGGGGCCUGGGGCGGAGGCCAGAGUUUCGCUUCUGUGGUGGGACGAAACAGUCCCAAUCAGAAUCAGCCCCAGAUAGCAGCACGUCCCCGCACAGGCCUCCAGAAUGGCACCACCGCUGCUUCCACCAACUGCCCAGCUGCAGUAGCAGCACCAUCAGGCCCUUCCACCCAACCCCAGCCUGCCUCAGCUGCCGGGGACGCCCACCAGCCUGCCCGGUACGACACCGUGUUCGUCAGCGAGAACCCCAACGUGUACACCAGCUACCCCGACGCCGGGAGGGUCGCCGCGCCCAAGGACAUCCCGCAGGAGCUGAUCGACGGGUUCCUGAACGGGCGCCGGCAGCCGGUGAGCGCGCUGAAUGAGUACUGCCAGCUCAGGAGACACAAGCUGGAGUUCAACGAGGUGGCAGGGACGGGGCCGCUGCACUGCCCGCAGUUUGCCUACCAGGCUAAGAUGGACGGGAGGCCGUUCAAACCCGGCCAGGGGAGGACCAAGAAGGACGCCAAGGCCGCGGCGGCGAAGCUGACCCUGUCCACCCUCCUGGGGAUCGAGGAGGGGAACGUGGAGAACUUCGGGAAGCCGAAGGGAGUGAAGCUGCACGACCAGUACGGGCGACAAACCGUCAUCCCCCACCAGAACAAGGCCAAUGUGUACCUCCCCCAGCAGAUCCAGCCGCUGCCGCAACAACAGAGCCAGGACCGGCCCGAACCGGACAGGCCACGCCCCUCCGCCAUACCCCCCGUGGUCCCGGGACUGCCCACGCACGCAGACAUGGUGGCAGCGAUGGCGCGAUCGUUCUUCCAGAGAACCGUCGCUGGACCCUUCCCGGAGAUGAAGUCAGCGGAGAGGAACCUGGCUGUCAUCAUUGUGAAGAAAGGAAGAGUGGAUGCGGGCGAGGUAGUUGCCAUGGGAACAGGAAACUCCUGUGUGAUGGGGAAGAACAUCGGCACAGACGGGCGAACGCUGAACGACUGUCACGCCGAGGUGGUGGUCAGACGGUCCCUCCUCAGGUACUUGUACCGGGAGCUGAAGAAUGUCUUGGAGGGCUGCGGCAGCAUCUUUGAGAAACACGCAGACUCCUUACUGCUGGUCCUGAAGGAGGGCGUGUCCUUCCACCUGUACCUGACCACGCCUCCAUGUGGAGACGCUGCUACACACAUCACCAGGGAUGACCCCACAAGAGUGCGUGUGACUGAGGAUGACCUGUCUCUCAUGUCCAGUGGGGAGCACAGACCCACAUUUGCCAACAGUCAGCACGGUGCGCUCUCCAUCAAGGGACAGGCUGGUUACAGUACCAGACCGUUGAACAAGGGUGCCCGGCUGUCCUACACCUGGGACCAGCUUCAGGCUGCGGGUCAGAUCGGCACCAUGUCCUGCAGCGACAAGCUGGCCAAGUGGAACGUGCUGGGUCUGCAGGGAGCUCUGCUGAGCCACUUCAUCGAGCCGGUCUACCUGUCCUCUGUCACCUUCGGUACAAACUACGACCAUGGCCAGCUGUCCCGCGCCCUGUGCUGCAGAAUCGACGACCACAUCUCGGCAGACCUGCCCGACGAGUACCUCAACACCCACCCGCGGCUCGGGCGGGUGACGGAGAACGUGAGCCUGCCGGACGUCGGCGACUUCGGGAGGCUGAGUCUGAACUGGUGCAAGGGGGACGAGUCACUGGAGAUCGUUAACACAGACACUGGGCGCAGCACUGAGACGUCUCCCUUCCGUACGGGUGUCCUGGGUGCCAGUCGGCUCAGCAAGGCAGGAUACCUCAUGCGCUUCAGGGCCAUGUGUGCACUGGCCAGGAGGCAGGACCUAGCCACAGCAAGCAACUACAACCAAGCAAAGAUGAUGUGCCAGAACUACCAGGAAGCCAAGCGGCAGCUGUACGACCACCUGACCAGAAGGGGCUUCGGCAGCUGGAUGAGCAAACCACAGGAAGAGGAGCACUUCCAGAAAUAAAGGAACAGUACACAGACAGAGUGCGCAAAACCCGUAAUUUAAGGUCGAACCUCUCAUAUAAGGUCGUAUUCGUGCAUAGAAGGUUUCACAUCCCGUUUGCAAAUGUUAUGUCAGAAAAGACAUCUUCUGCAACAGGCAAAAUUCUAAUGCAACACACCAAAAAUCCAACAAAAAAAAAACAUACAUGUUUUGGACGACAAGAGAUCACACACCUCAUUUCUAGUUCUACCAUCAACAUGCAAAACCCUUUUCACUUAGCAUUGCAUGAAACAUUUCCAUACUUUUUUUUUCCACAGGCAUUGCCUUCAGGUCAAGUCCAUGCAGCCAUUUAUUUCUUUGCCUGUUUUCGGGUGGUCUUCUCCUUUUGGGUUGACACUCAUAGUUUCUUUGUGCAUCCAUCGUUCCUUUUGAAUGCCAACAUUGGAUUCCAAGAUGCAUGUAUUAAAGCUUGGAGGUGGUAUUACGUGAAGGCAAAGAGUUUGUUGCCAGUGAGUUGUUUCGCUCAAAGAUUCGGUGCAGCAGAGUAGGAAAGAAACACCAAACGGUUUUUCUUGUUUUGUUUUAUUUUGUUACCAUGAUCAUAUUAAAGCUAUCUGUUUUCUCAAAACCUUAUUUGUUGUGUUGAUCCAUAAUGUCAAGAGGCCAGUAGAGAAAUUAAGGCAGAAAUUCUGGCAGGUUUUACAGAUCCCUCUAAUUUAAGCUAGUCCCAGAAAGUACAAUGGAAUAUCUUAAUUAGAGAAAUUGUGUCUGACUGAACAAUUAGAAAUAUUUUUGAUCCUUAUGUUACGUUUCUUCUUGUGACAUUGAUUCCAUUCAACAUACUUGGUUACAAGACACACUGUUUCUAUGGUUACAAGACACUCGGUUUCCAUGGUUACAAGACACUCGGUUUCCAUGGUUACAAGAC